CUUUUUGCCCAUAUCACCUAGACUAGGCCCGCCCUUUUCUAGCCAUGGAAUUGUGUCUCCGCUUCCGACCAUCAGAGCUGCUCCCAGCGUAGCUGUUUCAUCCCAUCGUCCAUUCCCACUACGGAUCCCGUACCCCAUCGCCGCAAUCUGCCGUCUGCGAAAUUCCUCACCCACCACAUUUUUAAUCCCAAACCCCAUAUCAGCUAUUGGUCCGCCAGCUCGCACCCCCAAUUGCAUAUCCCUCGCCAUGGCGACCCUCGUCAACACUGCAAUUGCCACCAGCACCGACGUGCCCAACAUCAACCUCAGGGCCAUGUACAAUGGCGAGUCGACUCAGCCCGUUCCUAGCUCGCGCAAGCAAAUGCGAGAUUCCAAGUACAGACAUGUCUUUGCCACACAUUCGGUGGGGCGGAACUCCUGCCUCAGUCAAGACGCAGAGAAGACGCCCAACUUUGUGGGCUUUCGCAAUUUGAUGGUAUUGGUUCUCAUCGUUUCGAACCUCAGAUUGAUGAUUGAAAACUUUAGAAAGUAUGGGGUUUUAAUAUGCAUCCACUGCCACGAUUACAGACGACAAGACGUGGUGUACGGCCUGCUCCUCUACCUUCUCGUCCCAUGUCACCUCUUCGUCGCUUUCAUAAUCGAGCUGGCCGCUGCCCAGCAAGCUAGAGGUGCCCUCGCGCGCAUGAAGAAGGCUGGUGACGACCAUGACACCCCCACAAAGCAAGCACAAGCCCGACGAAGCUUCAAUUCGACAUGGCGAAUUGUGGCCUUCCUCCACGGCAUCAAUGCUACAUUCAAUCUCAUGAUAGCUACCACCGUCGUUUACUACCACAUCCACCAUCCCGGCAUCGGCACGCUGUGCGAGCUCCACGCCGUCAUUGUCUGGCUGAAAGUAUGCUCAUACGCGUUCACAAACCGCGAUCUUCGUCAUGCUCUCUUGAACCCGAACAAUUCUCAGCCACUGCCUGAGAUUUAUCAAUCGUGUCCAUACCCCAAGAAUAUCAACUGGCGAAACCUCUGCUACUUCUGGUGGGCCCCAACCCUCGUCUACCAGCCGGUCUAUCCUCGCACCACUCACAUCCGCUGGGCCUUCGUCUUCCGGCACCUCCUUGAAGUCGUGGGCCUCAGCAUUGUAAUCUGGAUCGCAUCUGCUCAGUAUGCCGCGCCUUUACUCCAGAACUCGCUCGACAAGAUCUUCACCCUCGACUUCGUCUCCAUCGCCGAGCGCGUUAUGAAGCUCUCCACCAUCUCACUCUUCUGUUGGCUCUGCGGUUUCUUCGCCAUCUUUCAAUCUUUCCUCAACGCCCUCGCCGAAAUGAUGCGAUUUGCUGACCGCGAGUUCUACGGCGACUGGUGGAACGUAAGCAGUAUCCGCACAUACUGGACCACGUGGAACAAACCCGUCACGAACUUCAUGCGCCGCCACAUCUACUCUCCGCUCGUCGGUCGAGGCUGUCCACCCGCCCUUGCCCAAAUCAUCGUCUUCCUUAUCUCGGGAGCUUUGCAUGAACUGCUUGUCGGGGUUCCUACACACAAUGUCUUAGGCGUGGCGUUUGCGGGCAUGAUGUUCCAGAUCCCGCUCAUUGCCCUCACUGAUGCGCUGCAGAAGAUGAAAGGGAUAAGGGGGAAGAUGGCAGGCAAUAUGAUCUUUUGGAUUAGCUUUUGUUUGGUGGGCCAGCCGUUAGCGGCAUUGUUGUAUUUCUUUGCCUGGCAAGCCAAGUAUGGGAGUGUGAGUAAAGAGUGGCAGGAGAGGGGAAGCUUGGGCAUGAUGCUUCUACGGAGACGCUAGAGAUGUGCAAGACCCCAGGCGCGUACACUAUCUGAGCAGUGGUGAGGUGUGGUGUUCUGGGACUUAUUUUUGUAUUUUGGGACUAGAA